AUGUGGGGAAUCACAGCCAUAACAAAGAUUGUGCUUUUUGCGAUUGUAGACGAGCCCCGCGAAACGGGGACAGGGCAGUAUUACUUGUUGGAUAACGUGGCCCAUCGUCGACAGAUAUUCAACAUAUUGUUUGCAGUCGUAAGCAUCAUUUGGUAUGGUUACAUGUCACAUGUAGCAAUAUCACAUUUACGCGAAAGGGGAUUACUGACCACGGGCCAUGUCUACGGACCAACUAACGACCAUGCUGUGAAAUUGAGGAGAUUGUUACAUGUCAGCAUGGAAUAUGCGAUAAUAGGAAUGGUAGUGACUACAUUUGCUAGGGUUAUGAGGGCCCUAUUACCGGACGGUACAGCGAGUGUAUUCUUCUUUGCUAUUGCUAUUAGUGUGGAAUUGACCAUGGUUCCAAUGAUGAUUAAAUUAUCUAAAGAACAAUUGAAACAUGGGUUGAAGAACAAUAACAAGCUUAACGAUGUCGAAGAUGUAUACAAGGAAUAA